AUGAUCUGUGCCGUCGUCGCUCUGCUCCUAUGCAGGGCUGGCAUGUUGCCACUUUACAUUGGGCAACGGAUGGCAAGGUUCUGGUGCAGCACUGCUGGCAUGGUGGGCUACUACCUGACUCUUCUGCUCUGGCAUCGCAAGAAACGUGCUUUCCUUGACAUUGCCUGCAUCCACCAGACUGAUCCCGUCUUGAAGGCAGAGGGCUUGAUCAGCAUGGGCGCUUUUCUCAAGAACUCGGAGUCGUUUCUGGUCCUCUGGGAUACGACAUACAUUUCAAGGCUAUGGUGCAUGUUCGAGAUGGCCGCAUUCUUGCACAACAUGGGGCUGGGUACACACAGGGACAAAUUCCUCGUGGUCUGUCCGGUGUUCGUGGGCCCUGCGUUUCUACUGGGCCAACUCGGCCUCAAUGUUGUGGUGCUCGCCUUUCUGGUCUUUGUUGAGAUUCCUUUCUUUCCUUGGGCGGCAGUGUUCAUAUCUGGCCUCACCUUCCCAUGCUUCACGCUGCUCACAGAUCUUAUGUUGGCACAUUGUCGCAGCAUCGACACGGUGCAAAAUCAAGUCCGCCGCUUCGCCAUCGAGGACUCUUUAUGCUACUGUUGCUCCUGUGGUCAUGUCGACAAGCGCACUGGUGUCGAGAUGAACUGUGACCGCAAACCAAUUCUUCACUGUAUCACCGCUUGGUUCGGGUCUGUCGAGCACUUCGAGACUGUUGUGCGAGGCAAAGUGCUGACAGCCUUGGUCCAUCAGCUCGCGAAUAACGUUUUCUCCUACCAGCGCUUGGUGUACGCGCUUUGCCCGGUGAUCUGGUUGUACAUGGACCUUAUGACAUCAGCACCGGAUUGGGAAGUUGUGGUCGAGCUCAGUCUUUCAGCUUGCUCAUAUUACUUGAUGGUGUUGCCAAGCCUUGCUCUUCUUGUUCUCCGCUUGGCCUACAGGCUACGCAAGGUCGCCUUUCCAGGGUGGUGCUGUAACUUGCUCCUCUCAACAGGAUUGGUAGCUGUAGGUGCAACGGCUUUCGCGAUCUGUUUUAGCGUGUCCGCCAUUCUUGCAGGGCUUUCCAAUAGGCAUUUUCAAAGCCACAUUCCUGCAAACGCAGCUGUGCUCGCGGUCACGACCGUGGUCGCGCUCCUGCUGUGGCGGUGCUUGCCCGUUGAUGCCAUCUCAACCCCAGACUAG